GAAAAUUUUUAGUGGCGCUUAUUAUGAUAAACGCCUCUAUUAAGCAUCAUUCAGUGGCGUUUGUAUUUUCCCCAAAAUCAUCAGCCCCUUCUGGCAGAUUUUCCUCUAUUUCAUUUCUCCUAUUUUUCCGCCAUUCAGAUUCAGUCGACCUCAGAUUUCCUCGUCAUUCCAUUUACUUUUCAAUUUCUUUUAUUUUUCAUUUCCAGAUUGAAACCCAUUUCGCCCAUUUUGCCCACUUGGCAGAUCCCUUUCUGGGUUUGUGGAUUUUGAGGGGAUAGAGUAGUUUGAAGCAGCUUUUGAGGUUCUAUUGUGGAGUGUGGUUUUUGUAUGCUCAUUAUGGAAUUGUUUAAUUUCAUAGACAGAGGAGCUGGUGGUGUCAUCGUCAUCAUCUUCCAUCCCAUGAAACUUCAUGGUAAGCAGAACUGGAGCUUAUGAUUUGGGUGAAUUAGAUGGACAAAACCCUUAAAAUAUUCAAGACUAAAAACAUGAGUGUUCUCUCGUCUCUAGCUCUGUCAAAAACUUUUUUUUUUCACAUAUAACAAGUAUAAGCUACCUCUCAGAUAUGGUAGAAGAAGCAAAAUUAUAUCAACUUUAGCCUUCAUUAAGUUGAUUCAUGGAGGCUCCGCAAACUACAAUAUUCCUUUUGUUCUAAGUAGUCCAACAGUCAUCAUCAACGAAGAAAACCCACAUUUGCUUUUAUCUGUUGCCAUAAGUUUAGGUUCCAUUAUGUGCCUGUGUUUUGCUUUUGCAAUCUCUGGUUUCCUUCUAUACAAGCAUAGAAUUCACAGUUACAGAAAGCAUUCAGAAAAUAAAAUUACUCCAAGAAUAACUAAGCAGUUUACAAUAAGAUCAUUUUCUUUUAUUGAGCUCCAGGAAGCAACAGACUGUUUCAAGGAAGAGUUGGGUAAAGAGUCCUUUCGAGCAGUUUAUAAAGGAACUCUACCAGUUGCAGGGGGUACUAAAAUUGUUGCAAUUAAGAAACUAGAGAAUGUGGAGUACAGAGAAAGAGAGUUUCAGAAGGAGAUGACAGCCAUUAAGAGAUUUCGGGUUAGCCAAGCUAUUGAUGGCAGAUCAAACAAGCAUUACAAGGAUUAAAAGCACGGGAGGGCAGUUGGCACUGUAAUGGCAAAGGAAUGCCCCAAUAUUUAUAAAAGUUGAUGUUUACAAUUUUGGGAUCAUACUGCUGGAGAUCAUCUGUUGUAGGAGUAGCAUAGAAGUAAAGGUUUGUAUAGUAGAUGAGAUACUUCUUUCAAGUUGGGCAUAUAAUUGCUUCACUCUAGCGAGCUGAAUAAGCUUGUGGAAGAUGAAGAAUUAGACUUGAAAAUGUUGGAAAGAAUGGUAAAGGUGGGACUGUGGUGUAUUCAAAACGACCCAACUCUACGUCCUUCAAUGAAGAAUGUGAUCUUGAUGCUGGAAGGGACAAUUGACUGUGCUCUGGCUGCUAUAGUAAUCUAUGCUGUUAUAAGUCUGAUACGUGUUUCACUUGCCUUAUUAUCAACCACCAAUGCCAUCUAUUUUUCAAGCAAAGGAGCUAUAUGUUAUAUGCCUAUUGCUUCCCCAGGCUCUAUAAGGGGACCUCAUCCUCCACGCUUUGUUCCAUACCCGAUAAAUCCAGGGACUGCCAUGUUCCUUCCAGAGACAGUAGCUUUGAGGUUCAAUAUAGUGAAACAAAUUGAGUAUUAUUUCAGUUUUGUGGUGUAGAAUAAUUUAGCGCGGGGACGCAAGAGUACAUCUUUCAUUGAUAUGAAUGCUGAUAUAAAAUUACUUGCAUGG